UUUUUUUUUUUUUUUUUAAUCUUAUUUCUCCCUCUCUCCCCCUUUUUUCUUUUCUUUCUUCUUUCACUACCCAAAAAAAAAAUAUAUAUAAAAAAAAAAAAAGAAAAAAAAAACAGUUGCAGUGAUAGAAUGACAGAACUUCACCAUAACAACCCCAAUAAUACCUCUUUUGAUUGGUUCGAACGUAACAAUAAUCCUAAUUAUUCGACAGAGGAUCACCGUCUUCAUCAUCACCAACAACAACAAGGACAAGGACAACAGCAGUUACCACCAAUUAAUCAAAUGAGUGCUGCCAAUAAUGUACCUACCCCUUCUACCACAACCGAUGGAUUUCCUUCGCAUAACAACAGUCAUAUUAUGGAUGAGGAAUCGCGUCGAUCCGUUUCAACUCCUUAUGGCGCGUCUUCUGCUACUACUUCAUCUUCUUCAUGGAUUAAUCAUCCACCAACGGCUACCACAACAAUCACAACUACUACAGGUUAUUCUCCCAGAGAUUCCUGUGAUUUGUCAUACGAUGGUGAUGACUAUCAUCAUCAUCAUGGUCAACCUACCCCGUCUCCAUCCGCUUCCACUGAACGUAGUCGAUCCAAGAAACACAGAACACCUUCCACAAGAGACAUUCAUGUAGAGAAAAACACGGAAGGGAAACCACCUUAUUCUUACGCCACUCUGAUCAAAUACGCGAUUGAAAACAGUCUCCGAAAGAAGUUGACCUUGAGCGAAAUUUACCAAUGGGUCAUUGACCACUAUCCUUACUAUGGGUCUGCUGGUACCGGCUGGAAGAAUUCAAUCCGACACAAUCUGUCGUUGAACAAGAGCUUUGUUCGUGUUCCACGCCCCAUCAAUGAACCAGGCAAGGGUUCUUAUUGGCAGGUCGAUUACCGUGCAGCGGAGGCUGAGUUACGAUCUAAAACAACGAUGGCGGUGCGUGGUCGUGUGAAUCGAUCCGGUAGUGACCCUGUGGGGGCCCCUUAUCGUCCAGACACAGCCUGGGCUUCGCUUUCUACUGCCAGUACAACCACCAUGCAACGAUUUAACCGUGAUUCACGUUCCAUGUCCUUGGAUUCCAACAUGAAUCAUAACAACAAGGCCAUGACUCCAGGUGCUGCUGCCGUGGCUGCAGUGGCUGUCAAUACCAUAAAUUACGGUCAUCCCACAAGUUAUUACCCUCCUAAUAAUAACAGCACUUAUGCUAAUUCGGCUGGAUAUCGACAUCAUCAUCAUCAACAGCAACAACAAGCAAAUUUAAAUAAUCGACAUAGUGCUGAAUUUUCUCGAAGUAGUGGAUAUAUGGGGUAUGACAUGUAUACAAGUACUUCAGCGACAAAUCCGACAUCUGCAUCCGACGGUGGUGGUGGUGGAGGUCAUAGUCAUAAUAGCAUGUCUCAUUCCCAGCAACAACAACAACAACAACAACAACAUUAUCAUAAUAGUAGAUUACAUCAUCAACCCAAUUUAAAUUCACUCUAUGAAAAUAAUCAUCCUAGCAAUCAUCAUCCAAAUCAUCAUCCUAGUCAUCCACAACAACAACAACAGCAAGGUCCUUAUGGACAAAUGUAUUCACCCGGGUAUCCUACCUAUCCUCCCACAGCAACCACAUCAUCAGCAACAGCAUCACCUAACGCAGCACAACAACCACAACCACCACCAUCAACGGCAGUAGCAGCAGGGGCAGUAGGUCCACAACAAGCGCCGCCUACAACCAAUAUGGAUGAAAAGGAACCUGUUCAUUCAUUUUCCACCCCUCAACCUCAUUAUCGAAGAAUUCCCACUUCACCUCAUCAUAAUCCAUCGCAUAUAAAUGAAAAAUACGCGCCUUCUACCUCUCCAUCGCCACCUCAACCGGAUACCAAGCGUACUCCUAUAAAAAAGCCUUGUAGCGUUGGUAAUGAAUAUGAUUGGAUGGAGUAAACCAUUUGUUUAUUAUUAUGCAAAAAUAUCACCUUUUUUUUAAAAAAAAAAAACAACAACAAAACAAAAACAAAAACAAAAAAAAAAUUUCUUUUGUUAUACCUUUUUUUUUUUCAUGUGUUUCCUUACC